AAAACUGGUUGCCAGUAUUAUCUUCACCUAUGAGAUUUUUCUUUUAAAAACUUAAAAAAGCUAUACUGAAAGCACUGAAAAAUUAUGAAAAUCACAUUUUUCUCUGCUGCAUUGUUCUUACUGGAUCUCUUUGCUUGCUGUUGUGCUUAUCCACAGUAUCCCUUGCCUGACAUAGAAGAUGCAAAGUUCAUUGAAGAUUGUGUGAGAGCUCACAACAAGUUUCGAUCCAAAGUGGAUCCACCAGCCAGCAAUAUGUUUCGCAUGUCCUGGGACGCUGCUUUAGCUAAGACUGCCAGAGCAUGGGCAAAGAAGUGCAAAUUUAAGCACAAUAUCUACCUUAAUGUGCCAGGGAAGGUGCACCCCAGCUUUACUCCUGUUGGAGAAAACAUCUGGACUGGCACAGCCACCAUCUUCUCUGUGGAUGCAGCUCUCAGUGACUGGUUUAAUGAAGUCAGCAGCUAUGAUUAUAGAACUGACAGAUGUACUGGCAUGUGUGGUCACUACACCCAGGUCGUUUGGGCAGAGAGUUACAAAGUUGGCUGUGCCGUUCACUUCUGUGAUACAGUUGAAAAUUUUCAAGGACUCCUCAGAGCAGCACAUUUUGUUUGCAACUAUGGGCCAGCGGGGAAUUACCCAAGAAAACCAUAUAAAGCCGGGCAAGCAUGCAGUGGAUGCAGGAAUGAGAAGUGCGUAGACAAGCUCUGUGAAAAUACAGAACGUGAGAAGCUGAUAAAUUAUUCCUACUGGUAUCCGGACUGGGACCGUCCCUCCUGUGACCAGUACUGCCUUACAGUUUCAAUUUUAAGGCCACUGUCUUUGGUACUGUGUGUUGGUGCUGUUCUUUUAGUACAACAGCGGUUUCCACACACUUUCUUCUAUGAGUAA